CAGCUUUCCCUUGACUUGGGAAAUCCAGCCUUAUCAUGAACACGACUGGCAACAUUCAGACAUUCCUCAGCAGAGCUGAACUUUUAGGGCUCAAUAGAUACCUGGAGCCUCAGAAACCAACAUUCUGAACAUGUACUGCCAGAACUGGCUUGAUACCCUUAAUUGAGAAUUAUUAACAAUUCUACAAGACGCCCCAACCCUCACAAUGACCAAAUUCAAAAGGAAAUGACCUUCCUGGCACUGUUACAAGCACACACAACAUUCAUUUGUCUUCUAGCUUUCAAGCACUGCACCCCAGACCGGCUCCGUCAGGGAAGAAAUUCGGCUGCCGCGGUGAGCGUGACCGGUGAGCCCAAACUACCCCGGGGAUGACAUGUGCUAGAAGGCAGCAAGCGUGCAAAGCAGACCUGUAAGUUAGCUACUGGAGAAUGAAAACAGGAACUUCCACUGAAGUCUAAUUUGUUAACAAUCCCACUGCCCCUUCCCUCCAGUUCCACAGUGGUUAAAAAAAUACCACCAUUCUACGUCGAAUGGCAUUUACAAGUUGCAGAGGUCUACGCUUUCAGAAAUAUUUUUGAAAAACAACCAUGCUGUCUCUUGGGUCGGGAAGUCUAAGUGGCUACUUUUGGGGGGAUGUUAAGGAACCUCAGGAUUCAGACAAGUAAACAUUUUGUGUAAAGUGCUGAAAUAGGAUUUAAAACGUUUCAUGGCUGUAGAGAAACUUAUGGACAAUUCUUGCCAUUUACCUUUCUUUUUGUGCUUCCAAAUUAAAGACAAUCUACAAAAUUCGGAGAGAAAAUGAAAGUGUUGCCUUCCCUGUCUUACUCUACAGAAAAGACCCAAAUCUAAGGGACAUGCUCAAUCUGCACGGGUGGGUACAUGGUUCUAGAGCCCCAUGACUAAUAAUAAUGGUGGCUGGGUUUCUUUUUGGGGGGUCAGUUCUGCUUUGAAAGCGCCACCCCAAGUGAGUGAGUAAAUUCUUCAGGGCACGGCAGUCUUCCCCACUCCCCCAUACUCAUUCUCAGUAUUCAUCUCAAAUCUGUAUACACUUCAGCAGAGGUAUGAAGGGAUUCCAGUAUCAUGAAUAACUAGUUUUCUUGGGCAAACUGCUACCUUUUUGCUAAUCUGAAAAAAUCAGAAAUCAGUAGCUCAGGAAACCUAUUAAUUUAAAUGAGGAUUUCUUGACUUUUUUUGCAUCAUGGACCUCUUUCUUGGGAUGCUUUUUAAGUGUCUGUGAUAAAAUCCAUAGAAUUACAAAGAAAAUCCAAGAUUAGUGAAAACUUGAUAAAGACACCAUUUCCCCCACCUAAGUUCAUGAGCCCCUUGAAGUCUCUCCAUGGAACCCUGGAGUACAAGUUAAGAUCUAAAUCAACUAGGCCAGUGGUAGGAUGCUGGUCACAAAUAAUCGAGCCCCAGCAGCCGUGUGAAAUGAUGUUAGGUAAGUCAUGUCCCCCCCGGUGGGCCUCCACAGUAAAAUGAAGGGGCUGGACUAGAAGAACUCUCCCAGCUCUCGAAGUUCUCAAUGCAGACCAGAGCUCUGGGAGAAGGGAGGGGCUGGGGCUGCUGUUCUGGUCUCUGUAAAUUAAAUGAUGUCAUCUGCAUAUUUUGUAUUGAGGGGGAACCCUUUGGCAUUCCAGUGCCCCGACCACUCUGAUGCUACAAGAAGCGAGCUGACUGCCUCCAUGUCCACAGUGCUGGUUCCUCUCCUAAAGCCUUGUGAAAUCUGCGGCUCUUAGAGCAGCAACCAGCCCAAAGGACCUUCCUUACCAAGCAGGGAUGGCCAAGAGCUGGUGAAAGAGAUUUUUUUUUUAAAAGAAGGGGGUCCACCUUGGCUUGGAUUGUCUGGCAUGGGUACAAUGUCUUAAAAAAAAAAACAGAUGACUAGCUGAGCUACUGACCAUGUUGACCACUCUCCAGAAGCAGACUGGACCACAGGAAAACAGCGAAUGGCUAUUUCUUACAGACUUUGUGAGCAAGGCACAAUCCCAGGAUACCUUCUGCAGGGCUCUAAAAUGUCUGAUCGCUUACUCGCCUCCAAUGGGUCGGGCCUGCCCACCGAAGCGACACCAGGGGAAAAGAAGCUGCGCUGGGCAGCUCUCCUGAUAUUCCUGGUGAUAAUCCCAACAAUCGGGGGAAAUAUUCUUGUCAUCCUCGCCGUGUCCUUGGAGAAAAAGCUGCAGUAUGCUACCAAUUACUUUCUGAUGUCACUGGCAGUGGCUGAUCUGCUGGUCGGGCUGUUUGUGAUGCCGAUUGCCCUCCUUACGAUCAUGUUUGAGCCCGUGUGGCCCCUUCCGCUUGUCCUCUGCCCUGCCUGGUUGUUUCUGGACGUGCUUUUCUCGACGGCUUCCAUCAUGCAUCUCUGCGCUAUCUCCGUGGACCGUUACAUCGCUAUCAAAAAGCCCAUCCAGGCCAGUCAGUACAACUCGCGAGCAACAGCCCUCAUCAAGAUAACAGUGGUGUGGCUCAUUUCUAUAGGUAUCGCCAUCCCGAUCCCAAUUAAAGGCAUAGAAGCUGGCGUGGGGGACCCCAACAACAUCACGUGUGUGAUCACAAAGGACCGCUUCAGCAGCUUCAUGCUCUUCGGCUCGCUGGCCUCCUUCUUCACGCCCCUCGCCAUCAUGAUCGUCACGUAUUUUCUCACUAUCCAGGCACUUCGGAAGAAGGCGUACUUGAUCAAAAACAAGCCCCUGCAGCGUUUCACCUGGUCCACUGUGUCCACCGUUUUCCAAAGGGAUGAAACACCCAGCUCAUCUCCUGAAAAGGUGGCCAUGCUAGAUUUUUCUCCCAAGAAUAAAAUGGUGCCAAACUCGAGCGACGAGAUGCUUAUUCGGCGGAUGUCCAGCAUUGGGAAAAAGUCUGUUCAAACGAUUACCAAUGAGCAGAGGGCUUCCAAGGUGCUGGGGAUUGUGUUUUUCCUCUUUCUCUUUAUGUGGUGUCCUUUCUUUAUCACCAAUGUGACAUUAGCAUCCUGUGAUUCCUGUAGCCAGACCACGCUCCAAAAGCUUAUGGAGAUAUUUGUCUGGAUCGGUUACGUUUCCUCGGGGGUGAACCCUCUGGUUUACACGCUUUUUAAUAAGACCUUUCGGGAAGCGUUUGGGCGAUACAUCACAUGCAACUAUCGGGCCAGCAAGGCAGUGAAGCCCCUUCGGAAAUGCUCAAGCAAGGCAUCCUUCAGGAAUUCUGUGGCAGAGAACUCCAAAUUCUUUGUGAGACAAGGAGUGAGGAAUGGGAUUAACCCUGUCAUGUACCAGAGCCCAAUGAGACUCUGUAGUUCUCCCAUACAAUCCCAAUCCACCAUUUUACUAGACACACUACUACUCACUGAAAACGAAGCGGAUAAAACCGAUGAGCAAGUCAGCUAUGUGUAGCAGAGUUCACGUGCCCUUCAAACAAAUCCUGUGAUAAGCAGAACCAAGCACAGGUAGAGGGACUAUUUGGGGCCACUGCUGAUCAGAAGAAUGGCAGAAUACAUGUUACUGCAUCUUCUUACAGACCAAGAGUCGGUAUUAUCAGUAUUGUUUAGUUUUCUUUAAUUUGACCAAGAGAUUCCAUGAAAAUAGAUAUAUUGCACGAAAAUAAAGAACAUCUAGCACUCUUUCUGUAAUUAAGAUGCCAAAAGAUUCAAAUAAAGUUUAAUCAACUAUUUAAU